UCUGUGAGCGCAGUCUGCUGGAUACCACUGAGUGGGAGGGAGAGAGAGAGAGAGAGAGAAAGAGAGAGAGAGAAAGAGAGAGAGAGGAGUCUUUUUGAAUCUCUGCGGUGCAGAGCUGGAAAAGCUGCUUCCCAAAAAAACAAAAAAAAACAACAACAAAAAAAGAAACAAACAUCCAGACGCACUAUUUUUUUUUUAAUGCGCGUUUUUUAUUUUCCUGGAAAAAAAAAAAAACGGACUAACAACCCGGAGAAGUGGAGACGAGGACCGGUGCCCGUCCACAGAACAGACGUGAUUAUCCUACAUGACGCAAAACCCGUCUGCACACAGUUAGAGUGAAAGUUUUUCCUUUUUUUUCUUUUUUCUUUUUUGUGUGUGUGCCUCCGAUCACACUGCGGCCCAUGCUACAAGCUGUGGAGGAGUCCAGAGGAACCCAUCGCAUGAAACAGGAGAGGAGACAAGACGUUCACAAGACCUCCACCUCCACCUCCACCUCUCUGCAGGAGAGAAGACAAGGCAGCAUGAGCUCGGAGAUGAGCAUGGGCCCGGAGCUCCCCAGCAGCCCUCUGGCUCUGGAAUACGUCAAUGACUUUGACCUGAUGAAGUUCGACGUGAAGAAGGAAGGCCUGGCCGGGCUGGAACGCAACGGGGUGCGUCAAUGUACCCGUCUCCAGCCUCAGGGGUCGGUGUCCUCCACCCCGAUCAGCACACCCUGCAGCUCGGUGCCUUCAUCGCCCAGCUUCAGCCCCACGGAGCAGAAGAGCCACCUGGAGGAGCUGUACUGGAUGCCCAAUGGGGGGUACCAUCAGCAGAUUGACCCCCAGACGCUGAGCUUGACCCCGGAGGAUGCAGUGGAGGCAUUGAUUGGACACCCACCACCUCCGCACGUCCAGCUCCAGCAGCAAGGGGGCUUUGAGGGCUACAGAGGGGCCCAGCACCACCACCACAGCCAUCACGGCCAGCAGCACCACCACCCGUAUGCAGGGGGGAUCCCACACCAUGCAGAUGAGCUGUCAGGGCACCCAGGUGCGCACGGACAGCACCACCACCACCACCACAACCAGGACCCGGACAGCCCGUCCCCGAUGUCCCCAGACUCCCACGACUCUCUGCACCACCACCGACACCACCACCACCACCACCACCAAGGCCACCUGAGCCAGUCGGGGGGUCACCACGGUUCAGGAGGAGGCCUCAACGUGGAGGACCGCUUCUCCGACGACCAGCUGGUGUCCAUGUCGGUGAGGGAGCUCAACAGGCACCUGAGGGGGUUCACCAAGGACGAGGUCAUCCGUCUGAAGCAGAAGCGCAGAACCCUGAAGAACCGGGGCUAUGCGCAGUCCUGCAGGUACAAGAGGGUGCAGCAGAAGCAUGUGCUGGAGAACGAGAAGACGCAGCUCAUCGACCAGGUGGAGCAUCUCAAGGCGGAGAUCAGCCGGCUGGCCCGAGAGAGGGACGCCUACAAACUCAAGUGUGAGAAGCUGGCGGGGUCGGGAGGGCCCAACACCGGGUUCCGUGAGGCCGGCUCCACCAGCGACACCCCGUCAUCUCCAGAGUUCUUCAUGUGAGUCAGACCUCACAAACAACCCCUCCACCCUCCACCUUUCUCCACAAAUGACUGAACAAAACGAUAAUAAUCCACAGCUCCCAUCCUGUUCAUGAUUAUACUAAUAAUAACAAUUAUAUUCAUAUUAGAAGAGUAACCAUCAGAUAGUAUUCUCAUAUAUAAUCACCUCUCCAUCCAUGUGAGACACAAAGGACGUAGAUCAGCAUCUUUUAUAGAUUAGUUGCUUGUAGUGAAGAGACUUUUUCUCUCCUUCCUCCUCACCAGAGAGGAGGAAGAGGAGGAGGAGGAGGAGGAGGAGGACUCGGCUGAUGAACUAUUUUUUCUUUUUCUUCAUUUUGAGGCUACAGCUUUCAGAUGACCUGUAUGUGUUUUGGGGUUUUUUUGGGGGGGGUGGACGCACCUUGGCCGUUGUCUUGUCAUAUUUUUUUGCUCUUCAAGACGAUGACAUUGUUGUUUAUGACACAACAGGCCACGGGAUCGCGACCCACAUUCGACAAGUGGGCUGAGAAAAUCUCCAAGACUCCACUUUAUGCAAAUUUUAAACUUCUGUCUACUAACAUGACACCAGGAGGA